GGGUGUUUGGUCCCACCGACUCCUACCCCAGCAGGGGUGGGGGUGGGGUGAGGGAUUUUGGCGGCGCACAGGCAAUUUUCCUGGUUUCCCCACAAACAAGAAGGGGAGAGAGUUCAUUCAGGCCUUGCGAGAGGGCCUGGUACUUUCGUUUUAAAGCUCUCGUUUCCUCGGGGAACAGAAUUGCUACACGCAGUAGUUAUAAUUACUCAGAAUGUUUCCACUGACUGAGGAAAAUAAGCAUGUGGCCCAGAUGUUGCUCAGGACUGGUACCUGUCCCAGAUGUAUCUUCAGAUUCUGUGGUGUGGAUUUUCAUGCACCUUACAAACUUCCCUAUAAGGAGUUGCUCAAUGAACUACAGAAAUUUUUGGAAACUGAAAAAGAGGAAUUAAUUUUGGAUGUUCCAAACCCACCUCCCAAGAAAAUUCGACUACAAGAACUAGAAGAUGGGAUUGAUGGGAUUGAUAAUCUGAGUCAAAAUGGAGAGGGGAGGGUCUCCGUUAUGGAAGAUGGUAGCAUUUCUUCUAAGAACGCAAAUUUAAAUGUAUGCAAUGUAUGUCUAGGAAUUCUUCAAGAAUUCUGUGAAAAAGAGUUCAUUAAAAAGGUGUGCCAAAAAGUUGAGGCCUCUGGUUUUGAAUUUACCAACUUGGUAUUUUCAGUCUCCUUCCCACCACAGCUAUCUGUAAGAGAGGCUACCACUUUAAAAACCCUUCACAGGACACACAGGACAUACAGCAACUUAAGUAUACAGCAACAUGCUGCAUGGUUGCUGGUAAAACAGGAAAUGGGAAAGCAGAAUCUGUUGCUGGGAAGAAAUGAUAUAGUCCAGCUAAAAGAAGCCUACAAAUGGAUAACUCACCCCCUGUUUUCAGAGGAACUGGGUGUUCCCAUUGACGGAAAGAGCUUGUUUGAAGUGAGUGUGAUCUUUGCUCACCCAGAAACAGUUGAGGAUUGCCACUUCCUACGUGCGAUAUGCCCAGAUUGCUUCAAGCCAGCCAAAAACAAACAGUCAGUGUUCACUAGAAUGGCAGUUAUGAAAGCGUUGAAUAAGAUAAAAGAAGAGGAUUUCCGCAAGCAGUUUCCUUGUCCUCCAAACUCACCAAAGGCUGUAUGCACUGUUCUUGAAAUUGAGUGUGCUCAUGGUGCUGUUUUUGUGGCUGGGAGGUAUAAUAAAUAUUCCAGGAAUCUACCACAAACUCCUUGGAUAAUUGAUGGAGAAAGGAAGCUGGAAUCUUCUGUGGAAGAAUUAAUUUCAGAUCAUCUUUUGGCUGUAUUCAAAGCCAAGAGUUUUAAUUUUUCCUCCUCUGGAAGAGAAGAUGUAGAUGUGAGAACAUUAGGAAAUGGAAGGCCCUUUGCAAUUGAGCUGGUGAAUCCUCAUAGAGUACAUUUCACUUCACAAGAAAUUAAGGAACUUCAGCAGAAAAUUAAUAAUUCGUCUAACAAAAUCCAAGUCCGUGACUUGCAGCUUGUCACACGAGAGGCAAUAGGACAUAUGAAAGAAGGUGAAGAAGAAAAGACCAAAUCUUAUAGUGCCUUAAUAUGGACAAAUAAAGCCAUACAGAAGAAAGACAUUGAAUUCCUAAAUGACAUAAAGGACUUAAAGAUUGACCAGAAAACACCCCUCCGAGUCCUGCAUCGGAGGCCCCUUGCUGUGAGAACUCGCAUCAUUCACUCCAUGGAGACGCGCUAUGUGGACGAACAUCAUUUCCACCUCUACCUGAAGACUCAGGCUGGCACCUACAUCAAAGAGUUUGUACAUGGAGACUUUGGGAGAACCAAGCCGAACAUUGGCUCUCUAAUGAAUAUGACUGCAGACAUUCUUGAGCUGGAUGUUGAGUCUGUAGAUGUUGACUGGCCCCCUGCUCUGGAUGACUAGCUUUCAAACUUGGAACAGAGUGGGGCCUCCGCGGCACGAUGUGGACAUCCAUUCAGCAUACACUGUAAAAUGGCUCCUUACUCACCAUCACAGUGUCUUGGAAACCAUUUGGAUCAUGUUGAUCUAUAUACUUUAAAAUUUGUUGUAACAUCUCAGGAUCUAUAUAUGUGUUUAUUUUGUGUUAAAUGUUCUGAGGAUGUCUUAUGACUUUUCUUGUUCCCUCUCCAACCCCCAUAGCCAAACUAUGAAUAAUGAAAACAUUCUCUUAAUUUUUCCAUUAAGAGAAAUACACAAAUAGGAUACAUUCUGAUAAUCUGAAGAGCUAUAAUUUCAGCACAAUUUCCCUGCAUAAGACAUACCACCUUCAAAAUCAUGUUCUAAAUUUGUUAAAUGAACUUGAUAAAAGAUGUAGAUUUAUAUAUAGUACAGUAUCAUAUAAUAUCCUAAGAUAUGAAAUGUAAAUCUGAUAUUAUUAAUAUUUUCCCUGGUAAACUUCAAGCAAGCUAUUACCAACAGAAUUACUCUUUGGUAUAAUUGUCACAAAUCUUAAUGACUUCAAGUUACUAUUUUGACAACCUAAGAAUUUCUUGGGGAGGGAAAGUGAAACCUUAGGAAUUGAGGUAUACCCUGGUAAGUGACUUCCAUAAAUCUUUCAAAUAAGGAGACACAAGUGCCUUCAGUAAUUUCAAACCCAGGGAUAAGAUUUUGAAAAAUUAAGAUUGCUAAACAAUCUGAUAUUAUUCCAGAGUGCUUCAAUAAUUGGAAAAUAAUCCAAUUUCAGACAUGCAUCAAGUGGAUAGGAUUUCAUCAUUUCCAUUUUAUAAAUAUAAAAACCAAAGAAUUAAAGUUAAAUGAUUUGUCUAAAAUUGUUAGUUACUUCCUUAUUCGGGGCUUAACCUGAAGUUUACUGGUCUUUAAAGUCCUUUCUUAAUAAACCUUGUUAUUGAGCACCCACUGUGUGAAGGGAGGCAUCUGAGAAUGUCAUCUAAAUGCACUAACCAUGAGAAAUGACUUUUGGAAUUUAGAUACCAAAUCAAGGAGCUUACCAAAAAAAUAGCCCAAAUAUAUUUCAUAUGAUCUCAUAUGGUGACCAUUUGUUAGUAAGUUGGUACUAUGAAGGGAGAAAUAAUCCAAACCUAAAGAAAAUGGAUGAGUCAUUAAGAGAACAUUUCAGCAAUCUCAUUAAAAUUUGAAAUUUAAGUAUAAUUUGUCACCCUGAUUAGCUACCUGAGCUUAUUUUAAAACACAUGUGACUUGGAUGGUAUUGGAUUAUUGUUUUCCAUCUCUUCAUUAAACAUACUUCAUAGAUACCAAGAUGUAUUAUUCAUUUUAGAAAUCAGGAAAGUUAUUUAAUUGACAUAAGUUUCAUAUGUGAAUACUAGCAAAAACUUUUUUCACUAUUUUCAAUGCCAGAAAAUGAGAAAGGGAAAAUGGAAAUAAACUUCUGAUAAACAGGUAAGAAAUUU